CUUUCCAUGUUUUAUACUAAUAAUAUUUUGGGAAACAUUUCUGAGCCGUUUAUCUGUAUAUACUGUAUCUACAUUUUAAUUGUACACCCCAAAGGGCGAAACUUGAGUACUGGGCGUCUCUGCCGUGUCAGCUGCCCUGCCCCCGACGCCACGCAGACAGAUGUGCAAGAUGUCCAAGCGUUGUACUUUUUACUUUUGUUUAAUUUUGUUUCUGCAAACUCUCUAUAGCCUUAUCGUUUUAAUUCGUGCAAAUGAAUCAAACGAUGAGGUUAAAAUUGAGGUAACCUUUCUGCCAGAAAACUGCACCCAGAAAUCCAAGAGAGGAGAUAUGCUGAAUGCUCAUUACGAUGGAUAUCUUGCAAAGGAGGGAUCUCAAUUCUAUUGCAGCCGUUCGACAAAAACCGGCCACCCACACUGGUUUGUGCUAGGCGUUGGAGAGGUCAUUAAGGGCCUCGACUUAGGGCUCAAAGACAUGUGUCCCGGUGAGAAACGAAAAAUUACAAUCCCCCCUUCUCUGGCGUACGGCGAGAAAGGAAAAGCUCCUGUGCCACCAAAUGCAACAGUGGUCUUUGAAGUGGAGCUUUUGCACAUUUCCAGAGGACCACGCAGCUUAGAAGCCUUUAAUGAAAUUGACCGUGACAGUGACAGGGCCCUCACAAAAGAAGAGAUUAAAGCAUACUUGCAAAUGGAGGCAAAGAAGUUAAAUACAAAGAAAGAUGAAUCCUAUUUUGACGAAGUGGUGGCAGAUGUCUUUCAUAGGAAUGACCACGAUGCUGAUGGGACCUUAUCGUUAAAAGAGUACAAUGUUUAUGGGCAUGAUGAACUGUAGAAGCUGAUAUACGUGUUUUGCUAGACAAGGCAUUUUUAUGCAGCUGACACUGACACUGACUUUUUUUUUUUUUUGCCAGAACCGUAUUUGAUAAACAAUUCCUCUAUGAUUAAUACCACUAAAUAAAUGCCAAGUUUUGUAAUUGGGUCCCUCUGCAUUUGAAAAGCACCUAUUUCUUUCUCUUUAUCUGCAAUCUCUUAUCUCUUUCAGUUCCUCACAAACCAGCUUUCUGCAGAAGAUUAAGGGCUUUUUCUGUGGUUUUGAUGUUGUAUUUAAAAUAAAAAAAUAAAUGCAUACAUAAUGUCUUUUAUAAACAUUUAAAGAUCACCUAUCAUAAUUAUUUCAUAUUAGAUUUAUACAUGACAUAGCCCCAAAAGAUACAGAAAAAUUAAGUAGUUCUAACAUUACAAUUUGCAAGAUUAAUUCAUUUAUUCAUGUAUAGAUAGAUGUCUGCCUCUGGGCAGUACUCUCAUUUAGAAGGCAAUGAUACCUUAUAUGUGAAGCUAUGCAUCCUUAACUUGAAUACUAAUAUACCUAAUUUAGGACCCAACAGAUGAAGUGAAAGAUUUGGAUGAUUUGUUUUUAGGUAACCAUGUUAUAAAAUGUUCUGAGCUAUGCACACAUUUAAAGUGAAAUUAAUAAAACAGAUGAACUCAAGAAACUCUGCUUAAAUCAUAAUACAAUUUUAAUUGUGUUGUGUUCCAUAAAAUACCUGAAAAGUAUUUGCAAAGUAUAAUUCUUCCAUGUGUUUAGCUGCACUGUUAAAGAAAUUCAGUCCUGCUGUAAAAUAUUGAAGAUGCAUUUGUUGUUUCCCAUGUCACAUGGUUCACAAAAUUCCAUAUGGAAAAGGGCACAUUUCAUUGGCCAACCUCAAAGUUGCAAAUUCACUUCUCUCAACAGCCACACUAAUUUUGCUAUGCACACUAAGGUCGCUAGGUGUCUUUCUAAUACAACAAUUGGAACCAAAGUUUGCAUGCACUUUCCUUGAACUUGUUGACAUGUAUUUGUAAUCAGCUGUAACGUGAAGAAAAGAGAUUAAUAAAAGUAUGUUUGUAUUAACAAAAGAGAUGAUUAAGAGGAAGAGACCGUCUGGUUGGGAUAAAGGACAGUAUGGUCAACUUGCCUGUUUUGUGGCACAACUUGCAGAGGAGCAUUGUAUGCUAAGAAAAUGAAAGCAGUAAAUGCAUUUGCAAAACAAUAAGAGGUCAAAGGUGCUAGGAAGCAACACCCUAAAAUACAGAUAUAAUAAAUUUUUUGAGCACAGACUCUACUCGGAACUUGGUUUUCAAAACCAAGUGCGUGUAAAACUCCUCUGACUCCCUCAAUUCCCCCACAUGCCAAAUGUGAUGUAAACCAUGUCUGUGCCAAGAUUUAGAGCAGAUCCAGAAAGAGGAGAGAGAGAGAGAGGGUUCAUGAGACACUGAAAUGCAGUGACUGUUUUACUCUUUAUGUAAAUUGUACAGUUUCAGAGUCAGUGGUUUGCCAAAGUAUCCAAACUGAUUAUCAUCAGAGCAUGCAUUGACUUUUAUCUAAAAUCUCAGGGGGAAAUGCUUGUCAUCCUUAAAUGAUAGUUCAACCCAAAAAAUAAAAAUAAUUUGUCAUCAUUUACUCACCCGAAUGUUGUAUCAAACCCAUAUGACUUUAUUUCGUUCGUAGAACACAAAAGAUGAUGUUAGGUAGAAUGUUUGUUUCAGCCACCAUACUUGAACACACAUUUUACUAUAAUACCAUACAAUCAUACUUUUAUUGUAGGGAAAAAAGAUGCAAUGGAAGUGAAUAGUGACUGAGGCUAAAUGAGCCAUUUUACAUUCUUUAAAACGAGAUGAGAUGUUAGGUAGAAUGUCUCAUAUAGCCUCAGACACCAUUCACUUUCAUUGCAUCUUUUCCAUACAAUGAAAGUGAAUGGGUGCUGAGUCUAACAUUCAGCCUAAUAUAUUUUGUGUUUUAAGAAAGAGAGUCAUAAAAGUUUGAAACAAUAUGUGUGAGUAAAUGAUGACAGAAUAAAAAAUGUUAGGUGAAAAAUAAAAUUAGCCUUAGUUUAGCUGAAAACAGCCAUUUCAAUACAGCCAUUGUCCUUUAUCUCAUUAAUGUUUGAAGUUGGGCUUUGACAGACAGAUUUGUAAUGUGAUGUAAGGACUGUCUAGGCUUGGGAUACAGCGGUUAUGCCUUUAGAGCUUAGUGAUUACAGGUCUACCAGAGGGAAUGGUGUUUUAAGACCACCAGAACAGUUCUGUUAAACAAUAAUUUGUGUCAAGUUCCCAUGGCUUAGUUUGGUCCUUCAUGUCUUUUGUUAUUUCACUUAUAAAAGAAAGAAAAUGGUACAUGAAGUAGGAGUUUACAAAAAACAUGAGGCUCAUUACUUUACAUUUAACUCUGUGAAUCUUUGUACAAUGUUGUGUCUGAAUUGUGCCUCAACUGAUUAGAAAUCACUCCCAAAAAUGCAAAUAAAAGGAC